CCCAGCAGGCUUCGGCCUCAGCUGCCCAUCCUGCUGGCACCAUGAAGCCUGUGCAGUUGCUGCUGGUGGUGAGCCUAGUACUGCAGUUGGUGCCUGGGAGUCCCAAGCCUCGCUUUCUGAAGUAUAUCUUGGAACCUCCACCCUGCAGAUCGGACCCUGAAAACUGCACCCAGUUUUGUACCCUGCAGGAAGAUUGCCAGAAAGGACUUCAGUGCUGUUCUGCCUUCUGCGGGAUAAUCUGUUCAACGAAUCAAAUGCCAAAGCGCCACAAGAAGAAACAGAAACACUUGGAAAUCACCACACGUAACAACUGAGACAUGUUCCCCAGAGCAUUUUGUAAGUGUGGGGGUUUGGCCUCCCAGUGCGCUAUCUCCAGCCCCCCCCUCCCGUCCAACAUCCCCACAAGGUCAGACAGAAUAACUUUCUUGUCGUCCAGAUGCCACCUCCUCCUCCAUCAAUCUCCAAGGGCUUUCUUUGCACUCCGUGGGGCCGGUGCAGUCCAGCUUGAGUUCAGGAACACGGAGCAGCCUGAAGAGGCAGAGCUGUGGCCCAAGGGGGACUCGCAGCACUCCGAUCUGAGGCUUUGCCAGGAAUAGGCUCUUCCAGCCUUCACGUUGGCAGUGCUCUGGGAGGGGAUUCAAGCUAAGCCCUUCCGGCUCUGUGUGACUUGAUCAGGUCACUGUACCUCUCUGAGACGAUCAACUCCCUCAUGUGAAGGAAGAAGACUACACCUAUGUCCUGGAAUAUCGUAAGGAUAACACGAGGCCAUGUGGGAGGAAGACCAGGGUCACAGCAAAGACUCUGCAAAAGUUAGAUGCUUCCAGCCACUCAUUUACAAUGGCACUCUUUCUGGGUUCCAGGGUUUUUUUUUCUCUCUUAAAAAAAAGUGGGAGGAAAAAAAAAAAAAAAGUGGGAGGGACUGUCUUUGUCAUCUUGUUGAUGUUACAAGAAUGGUGAGCAAAAUGGAGUCCCCUGUAACUUCAUCACCAAAACAAAAGAUAGUAUUCAUCAUGUGCUGGAUUUUUGUCCAGAGUGUUUGGAAAAGAAAAAAAAUUAGGAGCUUAGAGUUUUGUAACAGUCCUUUUGACAUUACCAGAGUUUCCAAAUUAAAGUGGUGGUAUUUCAGUUCAGAGUCCUUUUAUUACCCCCAGAUAAAGGAGUGUGAUAGGUGGCGGCAGGUGGAUGCUGGUGGAGCACAUUAGGUGCAUGAGGCCAGUCCCAGCCUUGCUCAGGCCCUGGAGAGCCCACCAGGAUCCCUCCUGCAGCACCUUGGAUAUAACCGAUUGCUCCUGACACAUACCAGCUGUCAAUGGAGGCAUCAGCACUGUUAGACGAUCUGGGGCCUGUGCAUCAGAAAGACACUGAGAACAUGGUAAGAACCCUAGCAUUAGAGCCUGCUUGAAGCUAAUUAAAAGCAGCUGAUACAACUAUAUUUUUAUUGCAGUGUCAGGAUUAAUCGAUCUUCCUAACCCUCACCCCAGUGUUUUGCCCAGACAGUCAGGACUUCACCCUGGACAGGCAAAAAAACACUGUCCUACACCAUUGAAGUAUCUUCUGGGGGAAAGCCUUUCUUCUGGUAGGCUUGAUAGAGACCGCACCAUCCAUGGAGCACAGUAACUGUGAUGUCUGUCAGAUCCAC